CUCGACGAGAGCUGAGUGAUAAACAGACAUUUUCAACUUUCAUCUGAAAACAAGACGAUGGGUCAUGUGUUGAGCCGGGAGGAGUGUGAGAAGGCCGACCUGGACCGUUUUGUGAAAAGUCUAAAGGAUGGUCCAGAUCUAGGAGUUGACAAGCACUUAGUGAUGUACACCAGUCAGUCGUCUACAGACAACCUCAGACGACAUUACGAAACCAGGAAAAUGCAAGCGGCCGACUGCGCUGCAGACUGGAUUAAGAACCUGGCAGAGAAGCUGGCCGCAUUCGCUCAGUCUGCUGAAAUAGCUGGACUUGGAGCACUGGCCAUCGCCAUCAUCAUUGACAUGGUUUCAUUCAGUCCGCCUGAGGAGAGCAUUGAAGGGGCUCUGCGAUCAGUGUUAGCAGAGGAGAAGACCUCCGAGGUCUGGGAUCUGAUCGACGAGUGUUUGAAGAGAUUCACAAUGCACUUUGAGAACAGAAACAAGCUGAGGAGCGACCUUGAGCGGAUCGAAAGCCAGCUGAGUGUCGCUCUCACCAAGUUGAAGAACUCCAUGGUGAGGGACGGGCACAUGUCGAGUCAGUCUUUAAAGGGGUGGGUGAAUGGAGCAGCCUUCCACAUCCAGAUGCUGAUUCACCUGGAGAGACUCGGAGAGAAUCAAACCUGCAACCCGAUACAGAGUCUCAUCGCAGUGUACCAAAGAGAUCUGGAUCCACUUUUUGAAAAACACAAGGAAAUGAUAAAGGGAAAGUGUAGCAGGAGACCCAUUUCCCUUCACCCUUCCUAUGAUGUGAUGAUUAUGCAGGCUGAAGAUUCAGAGUGUUAUCGUGUGGAUCCUGAUGUCAGCUACGAUAAAUACUUUGAGGCAUAUUAUGAUCACAGGUACCACAGACAGAAGCUUAAUAUUCAGGAGUAUUUCAGUGAUAUAGGACAGAAUCUGCCACAGCUGGUUCGUCUUACAGGCUCCUUCAGUGUCUGAGAGCUCAACCAACAGAAAAAAAAAACAGAUUGAGUUGAACCAAACUGUGACAGAACACACGCUGUGGUAAUGAAGUCUGU